AUGGAUACAAGUUGGAUAGAUCUACCCACUGGCCACCCUGAAUAUGUCGAUGGUUGUAUGCAAUUCAUUGCGUUUGCCAAGCAAGGUCUAUUCGAAGGAAAAAUUAGAUAUCCAUGUAAGAACUGUAAGGUGGAUAAAUGGUUCCCGGUUAAUGAUGUAGAGCGACAUAUUUUUUUUAAGGGGUUUUAUAAGUCGUAUAGAAAUUGGAUCUUUCAUGGUAAAGGGGAUAUGGUUCAACGUAUGUUAGGGAGUGAUGGAGGGAGUACUAGUGAAGGAUCCCUUGGUAAUAAAAGUGGGUUUGUAGGUCGAGAUAAUAUGGGAGGACUAUUAAGAUCAGCUUUUAGUGUUAAUGUGCCACCCAAUUUUCCAACUUUUGAAGCAAGAGAGGAUGGUGAAUGGUAUGAGGAGCCCGUGUCAUACGACACAGAUGUUCAAUAUGAUGAUUCUACAAUAGAAGAAGAUGCGACAUAUAAGAAGCUACUUCAAGCUUCUGAGGAGAAAUUAUAUGAGGGGUGUAUUAAUUUUUCAAAGUUAUCUUUUCUUCUACACUUAUUUCACUUGAAGUGUAUGCAUCACUGGUCCAUUGAAUCUUUCAAUAUGCUCUUGAAGCUGAUUUUAGAUGCAUUUCCUCAAAUACUUGAUUUUCCCUCGUCUUAUUAUUACAGUAAGAAAAUGAUAAAAGACUUGGGCCUUGGGUAUGAAAAAAUUGAUGCUUGUCCUAAUGAUUGUAUGCUGUAUUGGGGUGAAUUUUUAGAGAAAGACAAGUGUCAUGUUUGUGGUAAAUCGAGGUGGAAAACAACCAAGGGUAAGAAGGGUGACGAUGUAAGUGAUCAAGGUACGAAUACUUGUAAGAAAGGUGUGCCAGCUAAGGUAAUGCGAUAUUUUCCUCUUAUCCCAAGACUAAAAAGAAUCUACAUGUCAUCAGAAACAGCAGAAAAUAUGAGAUGGCAUGAUACAGAGCGAUUGGGUGAAGAUGAUAAGAAGAUUUUGAGGCAUCCUUCCGAUGCCAUAGCGUGGAAGGCAUUUGAUGAGCGUUAUACAGAUUUUGCAUUAGACCCUCGUAGUGUUCGAUUAGGUCUUGCGAGCGAUGGGUUUAAUCCUUACCGUUUAAUGAACACUACUUAUAGUACAUGGCCAGUGGUGUUGAUUCCUUAUAAUCUUCCACCAUGGCUAUGUAUGAAACCAUCUUCUUUCAUUUUGUCCACAUUUAUUCCCGGAAAAGCAAGUCCUGGAAAUGAUAUUGACGUGUAUUUGCAACCAUUAGUUCAUGAGUUGAAAUUGCUGUGGGGAGGGGUUGAAGCUUUUGAUGCUUUUGACGGAGUGAAAUUUAAUUUGCGCGCGGCUCUGCUUUGGACUAUUAAUGACUUUCCUAGCUAUGCAAUGCUCUCUGGUUUGAGCACAAAAGGUUACAAUGCAUGUCCUAUAUGCAUGGAUUCCACACCCUCUGAUAGAUUUGGGAACAAGAUUUGUUAUUGUAGCUAUAGAAAAUGGUUACCCGCAGAUCACCCAUAUCGACGUCAGGGUGUAAAGUUUUGUGAGAAGUUUGGAACUAAUGAGUUGGGUGAAGCCCCAUCUCGUCCUAGCGGCACUGAUAUAUUGAGGCAACAAGAAAAGGUCGAGUAUGUUUAUGGAAAGUCAAAGGCACCACCGAAAAAGAGACAAAGAGGACAUACUGAUAACAAUGAUGUCCAAGAUGAAAUUGUCUUUGGUACCAAGAGAAGCAUAUUCUUUGAUUUGGUGUAUUGGGAGCAUAAUCUUCUAAGGCAUAAUUUAGACGUUAUGCACAUUGAGAAAAAUGUGUCUGAGAAUCAUUUGGGAACACUUCUUAGUAUGGAUAAGAGUAGAGAUAAUAGGGAUGAUCGAGAAGCCCUUGAAGCAUGGACAAUAAAGACUCACCUUUGGCUUAGUGCUGAUCACAAUGGAAAUGAAUACAUGCCUUCAGCUUCCUAUUCUAUGUCUAGGGAGGAAAAAGAGAGAUUCUUAAAUGUUUUGGAGAAACUUAAAGUUCCGGAUGGAUAUGGAUCCAACCUUUCUAGUUGUGUGAAUAUGAAGCAAAGGGAGUUGAUUAACCUCAAGAGUCAUGAAAACCAUGUGCUAAUGCAAGAUAUACUCCCCGUCGCCUUAAGAGCUUCUAAUGCUACAAAGGUGAUUGACUUGUUGGCUAGAUUGUCUUCGUUUUUCAAGAAGUUGUGCUCCACCAGUAUUGAUCCAGAUGAUUUAGAUGGUCUUCAAGAUGGAAUUGUUUUAACUCUUUGUCAGUUGGAAAUGGAGUUUUUGCCUUCAUUUUUCACAAUCAUGGUCCAUUUGUUGAUUCACUUAGUGGAGGAGGUUAAACUUGGUGGACCAGUGCAAUACAGAUGA